GACAAAGUUAAAGCAGAUACCAAUAUUCUCUUCUGACAACAUAAUCAAGCCAGAGACUAGUAGACAAAAAACAAAACUUUAUGAACUCAGUGGAUCGUUUUGAUUUGGAAAUUAUUUAUUGAGGAGGCAAUGUCAUAAAGUGUGAGCUGAUUUGUUUUGGAAAUCUCUUUUCUUUCAUCUUUGUUUUUGCAAACAUGAGUGCGCAAGUCUCCCUGACCACUUGUUUGGCCAGAAUGUAUGAAGGAAGUAAUCCUGACUCUCAGAAUAAAAGUGAGUCUAUUGUUCAAGUAAAGAAACCAUCUAGUGCAAAUCAAAGCAGUGUUGCCAAUAAUCUAAGCACAAUGGAUGGGAAACUGAAUCUUCUUAAUGAAAAGGUAGAUCAAAUAGCAAACUUCCAAAGACAAGUUCUUAGGAAAUUGGAGGAUAUGUCUCAGGAAAUGUGUGACUUGGAAAAGAACAUUGUUAUACUAAAAACAUUAAAAGGCACCAAUGAAGUGGUGGGUGAGAAGAAAGGUAACAUUAAUUUCUUGCAACAUGCUGACUGCCUCAGUCAAUCAGAGGUGAAGCCUUUAUUCAUGGAACUGCUCAAGCUGGUUACAUCGGUACAGGAAGGCACAACAAAGCAAAAGGAGAAGUUAGAAGGCAUUGAGAAAAUGGUGUCAGCUGUUGAUAAAGCCAUUCAUUUUGUGGGUGAAACCUUCAAAAAUUCUCACAUAAUACAGUUUAUUCUUAAAGGAACAGUACCUUGGAAAAAAGGAAACCUAACAGAAUUUUCAGAGGCAAAGACUAAAGUUGAAGAAAAAGAUGCCAAAGCCAAAUGUGGAUUUAGCAACAGAGGAAUCCAAGUACAGAUAAGCAGAGAAGUGUUUGAAGGGAGCAAUGAAUGUGAAGACAGCCAGAAACUAAAAGAUGCAGAGAGCAUUGUCCUAACUGAAGGACAGGCAAGGCUUCAUUGUAAAGAAGGAACCCCCCCACAUCAGCCCUCAGAGACUACAGCCAAGCACAAGGAUUUGGGAUGCGUUGACCCACAAGGAGCUCCUGUGACGACAAAUAAUUCUGGGGUCGCCGGCAAGAAAAAGGCAUGUCUUGCGUCAAGGGGAGUGAAGGAAAGUAAAGAAUGCACACAGAGUCAGAAAUCAACAGAAGACCACCGGAAAGAAAUGACUAAAACAAGCACAAAGAAUGAGGAAUAUCAAGUGCAGAGAACUGAGGGAAGUGAGGGAAAGGAAAAGGAUAAGACAAAGGCUGCAAUCACGACAGAAGCUCCAGAGAUCAUUUUGGAAACUGACCAGUCAAAGUUUGUUGAAAGCUCUACAUUGCUUCCAGAGAGGACUUCUGGCUCAAUAAAGGGAAGGCCAUCCAAGCCUACUGAGGCAGUGAAUCUGGGCAUUAAGGUCACCAAAGAAAAUGAGCCUAUAAAUUUUAAAGUACCGAAGGAAUCCCUCGAAAAGCUCGAUGAACAGCAAAAGCCCACAGACAUCACAAAACCUGAUUUAUGGCAAAAGUCGGCAAAGGGAACAAAACCCAUCACGGCAGCAGCAGAUGUAAGAGUCAGCAAACCUUCCAAACAGUCUGAAAACCAGGAAAAAGCUUCACAAGGCAUCAAAACCCAAUCAGGUCAGAAAAGUGAGGGAAACAUUCAGGGUUGUCAGAAUAAAACAGAAAACUACUGUGAUCCACAAAAAGGUAGUGAAUCAAAAGGUUCUGAAGAGUCCCAGACAGCCAGCAAAGAACCUGACAAAGUGAAUGAUUUGGCAAAGGGAGAAACAGAUUCCACAGACACCACAUCCAAAGCAGAGAAAACAAAAGAAGAUGUUGAAAAGUCAGAAGAUUUCAAAACCAUUAUUGAUGAUAGUCCAUCACCACCAGCCCCUUUCAGUCAUCGCAUUGUGACCACCAGACAAAUUCAAGUAGCCUCCAUAUACACUGUUCACCAGGAAGAGGUGUUAGGAGGGGGUCGAUUUGGCCAGGUUCAUAAAUGUGCAGAAACCUCAACAGGCCUCGAACUUGCUGCCAAAAUAAUAAAAGUUAAAGGAGCAAAGGAGAGGGAAGAAGUUAAAAAUGAAAUAUCUGUCAUGAAUCAGUUAAGUCAUGUCAACUUGAUCCAGCUUUAUGAUGCCUUUGAAGCCAAGAACAACGUCACCUUGAUUAUGGAAUAUGUUGGAGGUGGAGAACUAUUUGAUCGAAUCAUUGAUGAAAACUAUAAGCUCACGGAAUUGGACACCAUCAUCUUUGUGAAGCAGAUCUGUGAAGGAAUCCAAUACAUACAUCAACAGUAUGUGCUGCAUUUAGACCUGAAGCCAGAGAAUAUUUUGUGUGUAAACACCACAGGAAAUCAAAUCAAGAUUAUUGACUUUGGUCUGGCCAGAAGGUAUAAGCCAAGAGAAAAACUAAAAGUUAAUUUUGGUACCCCGGAAUUCCUUGCUCCAGAAGUGGUGAAUUAUGAUUAUGUUUCGUUCUCCACUGACAUGUGGAGUGUGGGAGUUAUCACCUAUAUGUUGCUGAGUGGCUUAUCCCCUUUCCUGGGUGAGCAUGACACUGAAACCAUGAACAAUAUUAUCAAUUCAGACUGGGAAUUUGAUGAAGAAGGAUUUGAAAAUGUUUCCGAGGAAGCAAAAGAAUUUGUUUCAAACCUACUAGUGAAAGAAAAAUGUGGCAGGUUCAGUGCGUCACAGUGCCUGAAACACAAAUGGCUGAACAACUUAACAGAGAAAGCAAACAAAUAUAGGGUUCGUCUCAGAUCUCAAGUGAUGUUACAGAAGUACAUGUUACAGCGCCUAUGGAAGAAAAAUUAUUACGCAGUUGCUGCAGCAAACAGGUUCAAAAAGAUCACUCAACAGAAUUUGUGCAAGAACACUUAACCUGUGAUUUGGGAUACAACAGAAGAAAUGGUACAGCCUGGUAAAUAGCAAAUCAGGC